GUGCCCAGAUUAUCGAUUUGAUGAUGCUUGUAAUAGAUGUGACAAAAGGGAUGCAGACACAGUCAGCAGAGUGCUUGGUAAUUGGGCAAAUUGCCUGCCAGAAGAUGGUGGUGGUUCUGAACAAAAUAGAUCUCCUUCCAGAGGGAAAGAGACAAAGUGCCAUUGAGAAGAUGACUAAGAAAAUGCAGAAGACCUUGGAAAAUACGAAGUUCAGUGGGUGUCCUAUUGUUGCUGUUGCAGCAAAGCCCGGUGGACCAGAAGCCCCAGAGUCUGAGAAUCCACUGGGUAUUUCUGAAUUGAUUGAGGUCUUGAAGUCUCAGGCUUACCUGCCAUCAAGAGACCCCUCAGGACACUUCCUUAUGGCAGUCGACCACUGUUUCUCUAUCAAGGGUCAAGGCACAGUGAUGACAGGGACUAUUCUUUCUGGCUCUGUUAGCCUUGGUGACAGUGUGGAGAUUCCUGCCCUGAAGGUGACCAAGAAAGUCAAAUCCAUGCAGAUGUUCCAUACUCCUGUGACUUAUGCUAUGCAGGGUGACAGAGUAGGUAUCUGUGUAACCCAGUUUGAUCCCAAACUGCUGGAAAGAGGCCUGAUUUGCACCCCAGAUUCACUUCACACCAUCCAUGCUGCAAUAAUUUCCUUGAAGAAAAUCCAAUAUUUUCGAGGAACUCUUCAGACUAAGGCCAAGUUCCACAUCACAGUUGGUCAUGAAACAGUUAUGGGAAGAGUGAUGUUUUUCAGUCCAGCCCCCGCUGACUUCAAUGAAGAAAUUCAAGAAAAUGUUUUUGAUUUUGAAAAAGAUUAUCUUUAUCAAGAGCAAUAUUUGUCCAAGGACUCAGUUUCUUCAGAGGAGAACAAAGAAAACGACCAGGCAGGAGAAGUCCAGCUCCCAAAACAACAGUGGGCUUUGCUAGAGUUUGAAAAACCAGUCACUUGUCCUAAACUGUGCCUUGUGAUCGGCUCCAAGCUGGAUACAGAUAUUCACGCAAAUACCUGCAGGCUGGCAUUCCAUGGGGUGCUGCUCCAAGGCAUGGAAGACAAGAAUUACACAGAGACUUUCCUUCCAAAGCUGAAAGUGUACAAACUGAAGCACAAAGAAGGACAAGUGGAAAGGGUGAUGGACGACUACAGUGUGAUUGGUCGUUCGUUGUUUAAAAAGGAAACAAACAUCCAAAUUUUUGUGGGUCUGAAAGUGAAACUAUCUACAGGAGAAGAUGGAAUAAUAGAUGGUGGGUUUGGACAAAGUGGUAAAUUUAAAAUCCGAAUUCCAGAUGGGCUGAAGCCAGAUACCAAGAUGCUUCUUACUGUUGCCUCCAAGAAGAAAUCUAAGGGAGGGAAGGGGGAUAUGACCAAGGAAGAUGAAAGCAGCAAGAAUGAUUCAGCCCAACCUGUUACUAUCUCUCUUAGCUUUAAGAGAUACGUCUUUGACACGCAGAAGAAAAUGAUUCAAUCCUGAGAAAGUAAGGGAGGCCUCUAAUAGCACCUGAAAGUCCAGACUGAAAUGAUUUGAGGUGGAAUGUAUUUCUUUUCUGGACACAUUAGACUUGUUUCUUCUUCACCAACAGAGCCUGGAAGCUUCUGCUGAUUAUAUGCCCCUUUCCACGAUCUCUGCCAUCUCAUAUGUUUGUUAGAAUUUGCUUAUUUUGUCAUCUUUGUGAUGUGAAUCUUUAUGGCAUCUCAGGUAAUGUCACCUGCCAGAUGAGCACAUUUGGGUGUACAUUGUAAUUGCACUGUUUUUCUGGAGAAUUGUGUUGAAGUUUCUCUUGAUUUAGAAGUUUGCCACCAGUAUAAAUCUAAAUCAAGUCAGGAUGUGAAUUUCAUGUGACCCACAAAGGGAAGCUGAUUAUUCUAGGCUUACUUCCCUGAGCAAAGCAGGAGACAGAAAGCGCACAGUUUAAUAGGUGAAACCUAAAAUGGAUGUUUCACAUUCCUUCAGCUGCAACUAUGUAAGAUGCUAUCUGAAAGAUGGUAUGGAUGUUUUUUAUAAAUAUGAUUUAUAUCUUGAAAUGUUUUUCAUAUUAAACAUAAUAAUGUGUGUGACUGAGAGAGUCUUAAUUAUUCUGUUUGCUGUUCCAAAGGUUCAGAACCUAUCUUUGGUGGCAUUUUAUAUAACUUUUCUGAAUUUCCUGCCUGUUCUGCAGUGAAUGCUAUUCCAGAACUGUUUUCUUUUUUUUUUUGUAACCACAAUAUCUUUUGUGUGUGAAAGAAAAAGUUGCCUCUGGAAAUAGUCAAGGGCUUUAUUUCAUUAAAAUAAUGAUAGAAGAUUGCUGCAUAA